AUGCCUGCAUUGAAGUUCUUCUUCGAGGCUCUCUUUCUGGCCGCGAUUUUUAUCCUCCAGGCUCUCUGCGAGCCUCAGGGUUCCAAGGGAGUCACCAGUCGAUUCGUGAGAAAGCUCCAAGACUCUGGGGAUUUGCCAGAGACGAGCGAAUGGUUCAUCACUUUCGACGCAACUUUGAACCUUCCCGAACAGGUUCACUUGACGCAAGGAGAUUACAUUGGCCAAACAACGACGGUCUCGUGGGUAACUUGGGCCAGCUCCAGCGGCAACAUCGUCCAGUAUGGAAAGAGCAAAGACAGCUACACAAGCAGCAUCCAAAGCGAUGUCACAACGUACACAUACGGCGACUACACAUCUGGCUUUAUCCACCAUGCCAAAUUGGAGGGACUCGAUUAUGGGACCACCUAUUUCUACAAGGUUGGAGAUGGAAGCUCUUCUCGGGAAUUCUCAUUCACAACUCCUCCAGAAGUUGGUCCGGAUGCUGCUCACGUUUUUGGGAUCACAGCUGAUCUCGGACAGACUAUAAACUCUGCUCAAACAGUCGCUCACUACACACGAAGUGGCGGCCAGACGAUGCUCUUCGUAGGAGACAUGUCUUACGCUGAUAGAUACAAGAGCAACAGCCAAGUGAGAUGGGAUACAUGGCUUCGCCUCCUGGAGAACAGCACCGCAUUCCAGUCGUGGAUGUGGGUGGCGGGCGAUCACGAGAUCGAGGCCAAAAGCAACAGCGGAGAGACCGAGAAGUUCAAAGCUUUCAACAAAAGAUUUCCAGUGCCUUACCAAGCAUCCGGGAGCACGUCGAGCUUGUAUUACGCGUUCAAGAGAGCCUCGGCUCACUUCAUCGCAAUCUCAUACUACGAUGACUAUUCCGAAGGUAGCACUCAGUACCAGUGGCUACAAACCGAGCUCUCAAAGGUGGAUAGAAGCACGACGCCAUGGCUGAUUAUCUUGGAGCACGUCCCAUGGUACAAUAGCAACACACACCACUACCAGCAGGGAGAUGGAAUGCGCUCCGUGCUCGAGCCUCUCAUUGUUAAUGCCAAGGCCGACAUAUUCUUUGCUGGUCACGUCCAUGCCUACGAGCGCACGUUUCGUGCUUCAUCGCUCAAUUGCUCUGGCGGCUGUAGCGAUGAAAACGCUCCCGUUUACAUCAACAUUGGAGAUGGUGGAAACUCGGAAGGCCUGGUUGGAAGUUUUGUGAGCCCCCAGCCGAGCUACUCUGCAUUUCGGGAAGCAAGCUAUGGAUUUGCGACGCUGGACAUCAGGAACAGGACCCAUGCUUUGUACAAUUGGCACCGAAACGACGAUGGCGAUGCCGUCGUAGCAGACUCUACAUGGAUUAUCAAUCGCGUCUCCUCGUAGUUUAAAAUUCAAGCUGCUCAACCAGCAGACUAACUUACAGAAUGUAAAUCAGGCCCAAACCCUGUUUCGCUUUAUCAAGUCGGAGGUUUUGAGUUUGUC